AUGUGGUGUGUCAACACUUCCCAUAAGUACCUUGUUAAUGCUGAUUUGUUGAACCUGAAAGGUGGAUUUGUAGGAAUUAACAUUGGCACUGAUGUUUCAAACCUACCAUCAGCCCAAGAUGUAGUUGCUAUCCUUAAAGCCAAUCAGAUAACUCAUGUGCGCCUUUUUGAUUCUGAUGCUCACAUGCUGACUGCUCUUUCAAACACUGGGAUUGAAGUAAUGGUAGGUGUGACUAACGAGGAAGUGUUGGGGAUCGGAGAAUCUCCGUCAGCAGCGGCGGCCUGGAUUAACAAAAAUGUGGCAGCGUACUUUCCCUCAACGAAUAUCAGCGCCAUUGCUGUUGGUAGUGAAGUUCUCACUUCAAUUCCGAAUGCUGCUCCUGUCUUGGUUCCUGCCAUGAAUUACCUUCAUAAGGCCCUAGUUGCUUCAAAUCUAAAUGAUCAAAUUAAAGUUUCAACCCCGCAAUCGAUGGACAUAAUCCCAAAGCCUUUUCCCCCUUCCACCGCAACCUUCAAUGCGACAUGGAACUCUACAAUUUUCCAGAUCCUUCAGUUUUUAAGGAACACAAAUUCGUAUUACAUGCUGAAUGCUUAUCCUUAUUACGGAUACAUUAAUAGCAAUGGAAUCUUUCCAAUUGCUUAUGCUCUCUUCCAACCUCUCACCUCAGUCAAGCAGAUUGUUGAUCCAAACACGCUUUUUCAAUAUGACAGCAUGUUUGAUGCCAUAGUGGAUGCUGCCUACAACUCCAUAGCAACUCUCAAUUUUUCAGGGAUCCCAAUUGUCGUGACAGAAACUGGUUGGCCAUGGUUUGGUGGUGUCAAUGAACCUGAUGCCACUGUAAAAAAUGCUGAAACUUUCAAUAACAACUUGAUUCAGCGUGUUUUGAACGAUUCAGGUCCACCUAGUCAGCCUACUAUUCCCAUUAAUACAUAUAUUUAUGAGUUGUUCAAUGAAGACAAAAGGCAAGGGCCUGUCUCAGAGAGGAACUGGGGUAUCAUUUUCCCCAAUGGGACAGCUGUUUAUCUCCUUAGCUUCAGUACUUCAGACCGUGUUUCUGCAAAUUCUUCAUCAGUUUUUUGUAUUGCGAGACCAGGUGCGGAUACCACUACCUUGCAAAAUGGACUGAAUUGGGCUUGUGGGCAAGGUCAGGCUAACUGCAGUGCCAUUCAACCAGGGCAGGCUUGCUAUUUUCCUAAUACUAUACAAAGCCAUGCUUCUUAUGCUUACAAUGAAUAUUACCAGCAAAUGCAUAGUGUUGGUGGAACCUGUGACUUUAAUGGUACAGCCUCGACAACUGGUUUCGAUCCAAGUUAUGGAUCCUGUAAAUUUACUGGAAGUUCAAAUUCAAGCGCAGGUGACUUAAUCCCACCACCUCCUGCAUUUGGACCCGUAACUCCCACUCCCUUCGGAGACAGUUCAAGGCUGCAAGUCUCUAAGAUUUGGUCUUUGGUUUCAGCAAUAUGUAUUUCUUUGGUUUUACCCGAUGUGAAUGUUUAUAAGAUUUUGUAGCACCUUGAAUAUUUAGGAUUGUAUUCUUGAUGUUUCAAUAUAAGCCACGGAAAUUCACAAUCCUUGGCAGCGAUCCUAGAUGAAAAAAUUUAAUUUAUUGUUACUCAUGUCUUCUAAGAAAACAUUUAAGGUGUUAUUUCAC